GUAACUAGCCAUGUAGUGCCUGCAAUCCCUAUGGAUAAGUGAGUUUUCAGGUCAUGUGGUUUCGCAAGAUGGCGACUUUGGUACUGAUGGUUACAUAGUGAAUUGACGGCUACAAUGUUGCGCCUUCCAGGAUUCCGAGGAAUGUUUGUAGCCAAAUAGUGGCUGAUUUGCUUGCACAGUAUCAGUCUGACGUCUGUCUACGGUCGAUUUUCGAGGUCACUGCCUAGAUUUGUGAAGAAUAAGGCUGCUGCUAGCGGUUGCUUAUGUGGACAUACAUGCGCUUCAUCGAUUAGCCUGAGCAGUAAGGCUGUGCGAAGUUGACAUUUUUUGCUUUCUGUUGGAUUCUGUGACGAAUCAAAUGAUCGCAUUCUUUCAAGAAUUCACGUCGAAUUGUUUUAUCUGUUCGCGCCACACAUGUACAGGGCACGACUGGUCUUCUCCAUGGCAUCGUACUAAAUUGGGAGGAAGUUCAUGCUGUUGCAGCCAGAGGCUUUGUCCAUCGGAAUUGCUCUAACACCAUGGCUCUCAAUGUUUUUGAUAAUGAUGAAUACAGACCUCCAGUAUGGAAAUCAUACCUGUACCAGCUACAGCAGGAGGCUCCACACCCACGCCGGGUCACCUGCACCAGUGAGGUGGAGAAUCGACCCAAAUAUUAUGGAAGAGAGUACCAUGGGAUGAUAUCCAGAGAGGAGGCUGACCAGUUGCUCAGCGUGGCAGAAGGCAGCUACCUUAUUCGGGAGAGCCAACGGCAGCCGGGAACCUACACGCUAGCCUUACGGUCAGUACAGCUGACCUUUGGCAACCAGACCAGGAACUUCCGGCUGUACUAUGACGGCAAGCACUUUGUGGGCGAGAAGCGCUUCGAGUCCAUCCACGACCUGGUGACCGACGGCCUGAUCACGCUCUACAUCGAGACCAAGGCGGCCGAGUACAUCGCCAAGAUGACCAUCAACCCCAUCUACGAGCACGUGGGCUACACCACGCUCAACUGCGAGCCGGCGCCCAAGCGCCACACGCAGCACAGCAGCCCGCAGGCGCAGCUCAGGGACGUGCCCGACGCCCGUCUGCCCCUGGGGGACGAGGGCAGCCUGGAGGAGAGGCUCACCUCGCUGGUGCGACGCGCCACGCUGAAGGAGACGGACCGCGCGCCCAAGUACGAGAAAGUCCACAACUUCAAGGUCCACACGUUUCGAGGGCCUCACUGGUGUGAAUACUGUGCCAAUUUUAUGUGGGGACUUAUCGCUCAGGGAGUCAAAUGCGCAGACUGUGGGUUGAAUGUGCAUAAGCAGUGUUCCAAGAUGGUUCCCAACGACUGCAAGCCGGACCUGAAACACGUGAAGAAGGUGUACAGCUGUGACCUGACCACCCUGGUGAAGGCCCACAACAGCAAGAGGCCCAUGGUGGUGGACAUGUGCAUACGCGAGAUCGAGUCCAGAGGUUUAAAAUCUGAAGGCAUUUACCGGAUAUCUGGCUUCAGCGAUUUGAUAGAAGAUGCCAAGCUGACAUUUGACAGAGAUGGUGAAAAGGCGGAUAUCUCUGUGAACGUUUACGAAGACAUCAACAUCAUCACUGGCGCUCUGAAGCUCUACUUCAGGGACUUGCCCAUCCCCGUCAUCACGUACGACGCCUACCCCAAGUUCAUCGAGGCUGCCAAGCUAACGGACCCUGACGAGCGUCUGGAGGCGCUGCAUGAGGCUCUGAAGCUGCUGCCCCCAGCGCACCACGAGACCCUGCGCUAUCUCAUGGCCCAUCUCAAGAGGGUGACCCAAAAUGAGAAGGACAACCUGAUGAACGCUGAGAACCUGGGCAUCGUGUUCGGGCCGACACUGAUGCGGGCGCCCGACUUGGACGCCAUGACGUCGCUCAAUGACAUCCGCUACCAGCGGCAGGUGGUGGAGACUCUUAUCAAGAACGAGGACAUCCUCUUCUGAACUGUCUGUAGGGAAGAGGGGUGCAGUUUCCCCGCCGGGACUCGAAACACAGGAACCUUCUAGGGUACCAAACUGGGGCUCUUAAAGAUACACCAAAGAGCCUGAGCCAGUUUGGUACGACUGGACGCCUGGGUUCAAGUCCAGUUGGGUCAAAUAAAUCUGCUCCCCUUCACUACACUGUCCCUCACAACCUUACCCUUACCCUCACCGCACCCUGCCUCCAAGACUCCAACACAUGAAGGAAUCACACAAAUGUUAUUUUGAUAAUGUCGACAGAUUGAUUCUGUCUGGUAUUUUUUUGUUUCUUUGUUGCAAAAGACUUGGGUAAAAAAAAAAAAUGUAUGAAGGACCCUUUUCGGGUAGUAGUAAAGCUGCUGUCCACCUAUUUGUGGAUAGCGCCGUGCUAAAAAAGCUCACGUUCUUUCUUUCUUUCUUUUCUUCCUUGUUAUGGUGGGUGUGGAUAAAUGGACCUUCAUCUUCUUGCAUGUCUUCCUCCCCAUUUUUGUCGGGGGUUUGUUGAGAAAAACGCAGACUUUGCAGAGCAGAUUUUGCAGAGUAUCUCUUUAUUUUGGAAUAGCUUCGUAGCCGUAACCCCAGCAUGUGUUCUCUGUUUCUCUUUCUUUUUUUUUUUUGAAAAAAAAAGGAUUGUGAAGUUCAGUCAUCAUGACAGUGUUUUUAUUUUUUUAUUAUUAUUUUAUUAUUUUGUCCCAUGGAUGUACAGUGCCGUAGCUCCUGAUUUAACAGAUUGGGCCAUUUUUUUAUUUUUUUUGUGAAACAUUGUCUUCAGUUACCUGGAUGUAAUAUAUAACGUUAAUUCAAAUCAGUUGCCAUAAGUUCUCUUGAUAACCACUUCUCUUUGCCUCUUUUGAUUUUUAUAUGCUGUGCCACUUCAAAAGGACCUCCUAUUGAAUCAGAUAAUAGUGACUAUCUUUGCUAUUUAAAUCCACUCCAGUCGUGUUCGCCUCACCUCAAAGUCUAUUGCAGUCAGUCUCCAACAUUAUUUGUACAGUCCCUGAUCUCAAUGUCAUGUUUUUUGUUUGGAUUUGUGUUUUGGAUUUAAGCAUGGAAAACGUUAAUUUAUUAAACUUUUUUUUUUCUUUUAGAAGUCUGUAUGUACAGAGCCAGCUAAUUGAUUUGGUUGCACACAAUAAAAUAAUCCAUGUUUUGAGCCGUUUUUAAA